AUGUCUAAAAUUGACUAUUGCACAUUUUUCUUACUGUGUCUAUUUACCCAGUCUGCAGCAGCACAAUCAGGGGGAUAUACGUAUGAUUCAACAUGUAAGUGCGAUUCAUAUUCAGCGUCAUAUAAUGCUUGCGCAACAUGGUCAUGUGUCUAUACACCAAGAACUAUCGCCUGUUUCCCUGGUGAUAGUUGGCUCAUGACUCGAGAUGGUGGCGUUACACAAUUAUCAAAUGUAAAAGUUGGAGAUCAAGUGCUAUCAGUGGAUAAUGAACAAAAUUUAAAUUUUGAACCAAUUUUGGACUUUAUUCAUGCUGAACCAAAUGGUUUAUACGAUUUUCUGAGCAUUUCGAUUACUUCACCAUUCAAUGAUACAAUUGUUCUACGUGUCACAGCUAAUCAUUUGAUUUUUCUGCACAAGAAUGCCUAUCCAAUAUUUGCUGGGAGAGUAAAAGUUGGUGAUGAUUUACAAAUUGUUGUCGAUGCGAAGUUGUCACAUGGUAAAGUUGUCGAUAUCAAAUUGAGAAAAAGCGAAGGUUUUUAUGCACCAUUGACAUCAAGUGGAAAAGUUGUUAUUGAUAAUGUGGUGGCAUCGAAUUAUGCAGACAUUAAUAAUCACUAUCUGGCACAUGUUGCUAUGAAACCAUACAAGUGGUGGCUUCAAAUAUUCGGCUCAAGAUCAACCACGAUGAACUGUUAUAUACAAAGUUUGCGAUUAUUUGCAGAAAAAUGGAUUAGCACUAUUAUGUACGAUGGAACAUUUGAAAUAAGUGGAUUUAUGUGA